UAAUUUUCGCUUCGGAUUGAUAAAAAUGGAAGUAUUUGGUAAACAGAAGCUGUCCCUCCAGAUGGUGCCACAGAAAUUACAGACGCCCAAAUUUCGGACAAAUUCUGAAAGUUGAAGGAAUGGGGACAAAUAUAAAUUGUUCUCAGGCUCUAAGCGAGGUAGUGCAAGCUAUAUUAAGAGGGACAAACCUGAGAAUGCGUAUCAGGCUAAGGAAGUCCUUAAUCACGUCCAGUUCAUCUUCCCUAACGCAUCUGCUAGUUUUAAGAAAAAAAUGUGUAAGAAGUACCUAAUUCAGAACAAUUUCAACCAGAAGAGAGUCUUAAUGACCGGUCCUGUGAAAGUUGAUAGUUCUCCUUAUAAAAUAUCAAACAAGAUCAGGAAUCUUACUGAGGAUGAGCUGAGUCAGGAGAGGCAGGCCCAGGAGGUCAAGCUCAAGCAUGCCCACAACGUGCUACUGAAGAAACGUAUAAAUAACGAGCAUUUUAAGAUUAACAAGCAUAUGUCACCUAAAUAAAAUGUUUAAUAUCUCCCCGGACGAUUUUGUCUUCGAGGAUCGAUCUCAGAAGAAACGUGAUGAAAUACGUGCGAAGUUCUUAAAAUAAAUACCAACAGAUGAAGGCAAAGACUAAGCUACGUAAGAAGGCUAAGAAGGUUAUCAAGCAAUUGCCCGCACUGAAGGAGGAUUUUCCUGAGAUCAGUAAUUACACUGCUUAUACGAAUGGGAAGUUUAACAGCUUUGCAUUUGACUCACCCCGGAAAUUAGGUAAUAAAGUGAACGCCUCCACUAGUUUUCAAGGCGAUGUGAGCACUCAGAAGGAACAAGAGAGUGUAAUGAUUUUUAAGGACAAAGAUUUGAUGCGGAUUGACUUAAGUCCAAGGUGAAUAAUGCCUUACUAUAGCCCAGGAGGCAAGAUGGAUGGGAUUAAUGUGGUGAGAAGAGAGGAGCAAGAUUUGUAAUCAAAGAAGAGGUUUUAAGAUUUUUAUAAGUAAAGAGGUUUA